UCAUCAGCAUGCAGGAGACUUGAAAAUUACAACUACACGGCUGCCCAGGACCUCAACCACCCCCACCCAUGACUUUCUCCACUGAACCUUUGAUUGGCGUGCCUCAAACUCUGUAAUGGAAAAUCGUGAUGAUGAAACUGAGCAGCACCACAGCACAAUGGUGGGAGAGGGGGGCAGCACGGGGGACAGCACCCCUCCCCCAAAGCGCAAAGGCAAGUUUUCGACACUUGGCAAGAUCUUCAAACCCUGGAAGUGGAGGAAGAAGAAAAGCAGCGAGAAGUUCAAGGAAACUUCUGAAGAACUGGAGAGAAAGAUGUCGACCAGGCGCACGCGACAGGAGCUCAUAGAGCAGGGGCUGCUGAAGGAGGUCCCCGACCACGAUGGAGAUGCACAAAAUGUGAAACAAUCCUAUGUGAAGAACGGCCACACUCUGCCAGUUGGAGGAGGAGGAGGAGGAGGAGGAGGAGUCAGCAGCGGCCGGAGCCCCUGCGGCCAGGCCGCACUCCCCUCAGAGUCGGACUUUAGGAUGAACCCUGCCUGGCUCUCCCAGUCGGAUGACCGCAAAGGGCGCUCUCCCUCAGACAUGGACCGCCGAGGUGCUCUGGGCUCCAGGGGCAUGGCCCCGCACGAAGAUGGGCGGAGAAGCGGAGGGAUGGGGGCCCGUGCACACGGAGAGGGCGAAUGGAAAUCCAAUCUAGCCUGGCAGGGACAAAUUCACGGCCAGAUGGAGGACGGCAGACGUGGUGGCAGACUUCACCCUGAGGACGGGCCAAAACGGCCCGGGCUGCAGAAGGCCCCGUCAGAAGACGGCAGGAGGAGCCGGCCUGCCGAAGCAGACUGGAAGCCCACACUUCCCCGACACGCCUCCGCAGAGGAGGGAAGAGCCCGCAGAGAGUCAGACAGCCAUUUUGCGCCCGACCCAGAGUCCCUGCAGGACACCCUGCGUGAACCUCUGCCACCCAAACAGUCGGUUAUGCCUCCAAAGUGGCUUAUCAGCUCCGCCCCUGAGCCUGGAAGUGAGGGCUCGCCUCGGACGCCGUCCAACCACCCCACGAGCCAAUACUCCUCUCCGGCUGUGACAACAAAACCUGUUCGCUCCGUGUCAUCUGCGUGUGCCAGCACUCAGCAAAAUCCGCCGUCAUCCCUGACCUCCACCUCGCAGACACCCAAGCAGCCCCCUCUGCCUCCACCCAAACCUGUGAACAGAGGCAAUGCUGCCAUGCUGGUCUCCGCCCUGCAGGGGGGAGAAAACGCUCAGCUUCCUCUCUACUGGUCCUGCUGGAAGCGAGAGUGCGACUAUGAUGUCUACCUGUCCCUGCCCGUCUACCUGUGCCGGCGGGCUGGAGGCCUGCGCUCAGUAGGCGACUUCAGCCAAGCCUCAGGGGGUACCAGUCUUGUUCCAGCCAAGCCCUCUCCUCCCAUGCCUCCCAAGAGGACCACCCCAGUGACCAAACGCAAUACAGAGGACUGUUCUUUGAGCCAUCCCAUCAGCCCCUCCCCUGCUUCUCUUGAGGAGCACAGCAGCCUCCCUGUUGGCUUCCAGCUGCCGCCUCCACCUCCUUCGCCACCUCUCCCAACUCACAGACCACCCUCUCCGCCCCGUCAGCACAUACACACGCACCACCUCCACCAUCAGCACUCCUACCCCCACCCGCUGCCGCAACCAAUACCAAUGUUGUUCGACCCGCCGAGCCCCACAAAUGAAUCUCCGCAGCGCCCUGCCCCGGUCCCGCUGCACAUCAUGAUCCAGCGAGCCCUGUCCAGUCCCGGGCCCGCCCAGCCCCAUCCAGACGGGUUGCAGCGCGCCCAUACCCUGCUGUUCGAAACCCCUCCAGAGUACCAGGGAGAUCGGGGUCGGCCUCUGCCUGUCAGCAUCCAGCCACUCAAACUAUCUGAAGAUGACUACUCGGAAGAAGAAGAUGAUGAGGAAGAGGAGGAGUAUGACGGGGAGAUCCCCCAGCCCGAGCUGGAGCCCCGGAGUCGCCGGUGCCUGAUUGGAGAUGCAGGAAUUUGUGUCAUCCCAGGGGGUAAUAGCAGUGAGGAGGAAGACGAAGAGGAAGAUGACGAGGAGGAAGAGCGGGACUUGCAUGGAGAGGACAGUGACUCGGACGGCCCUGUAGUUCAUAAAGAGGAGGACUCAGAUGAAGACGAGGAGGACGAGCCCCCUCCGAGUGCGCUGGCCAGCAGGGUGAGGCGGAAGGACACCCUGGCUCUGAAGCUGAGCAGCCGCCCGUGCGCCCCUGACCGGGACAGGUUCGCCCAGGACAGGAUGAGCAGAGAGGAUCAGCCUCCAGGACAGACGGGCCUCACCUGGCAGAGCAGAGAGCAGUGGGAGGCCAUCCGCACGCAGAUCGGCACUGCACUCUCACGGCGCCUUAGCCAGAGACCCACUGCGGAAGAACUUGAACAAAGAAACAUCCUUCAGCCCAAAAAUCAGGCUGACAGACAAGCCGAAGUUCGGGAGAUCAAGCGGCGGCUCACCAGAAAGCUGAGUCAAAGACCCACAGUUGCAGAGCUACAGGCCAGGAAAAUCUUGCGUUUCCACGAGUAUGUGGAAGUCACAGAUGCCCAGGACUAUGACAGGAGGGCAGAGAAGCCUUGGACCAAGCUGACUCCAGCUGAUAAGGCAGCCAUUCGGAAGGAGCUCAACGAUUAUAAGAGCACUGAAAUGGAAGUUCACGAAGAAAGCAGAAUUUACACAAGGUUUCAUCGGCCUUAACGUCCAUGCCCUCGGUUAAUGAAGCACUUAACGAUCUCUGUGAAAAGAAGCUGCCCCGUAGGCAGACCAGAUCACCUUUUAACAUUCCCUGAAUGCUCGGAACUGUUUAUAAGGGAAAACCUGGAACUUAAACAGAAACAGAAUGCUUGUCGCCUGCCCUCCAUCGCCGUCCCACAUUGCUUUUGCUGAACUGAGGUGGUGGUAAUGGUGGGCGAGGACCAGAUGCAGUAUUUCUCCUGGACGACAGGGGGACCCACGUGCCAAUUAGGUGGAGAGGUGGCAGAGGACCUACAGUGCGGGGCUGAUUCGCACUCUGCUGCUGUGUGGAACCCCUCAGGGACUCCGAUCUAGUUACAACCUUUAAUGCGGCCUCAUUAUGUGUUGCCUUUAUUCAUCUUCACUGUAAUAUGGAAAUGCUAACUCAUCUUGUUAAUGUAAUAGCAAACAGUACAAAUGGUGAUAACGAUGACCUAUAAUAAAUACACAGUAAUAAUAGACAAUAGAAAUAAACUGCUGCAUCAUAAAUGGACUGGAGGUCGAAGACUGGAACACUCUGCUUUUGGAUUGGACAUCUCUGGGAUAGUGUGUUUUCUAUUAAUUCUGUACACAAUGCUAUUAUACCUUAGAGUGAGACUGGGACAGAUCUAAAGGCAAGGUCUUCUGUAAUGCACAAGAUAUUUUAUAUUGUAACUUUGAUCACACAAGUAGUGACAGCUUUUAUUUGAGCCUUUUUCUUUUUUUUUUUACUUGGCUUUGCCCGUAUUUGUGGUUGUGAUGUGAGGUGGCCAGUUAAGCGUCAGUCGACUUAAAAAGGAAGCUGCAGGUCAGGAGGUUGUUGUUAUUUUUUUUUCACGUGUGCCAACAUAAACCAAUGCCCAAAUUACUACAGGAUGCCGUUUUUUCUGCAACGCCACUGCAUGAGCCAACACCGGAUCCAGUGCCAUUGGAGCUGGAUGAUCUCUCUUCAUUUAUACUUUUUUAUGAGUUUUUGUACUUCCCUUUAAAGAUCGAACACGCAAUGCAUUGUGUAGCCAUUUUGAAUAAGGUCAUGCUUAAAGUGUCAAUACUAAGAGAUAAAUGUUUGUUGCUGUGAGCGUAGAUCAGGGAUUUAUCAAAAAAAACAAACAGAAUAUGUAUAAACGGUCAACAGGGAGUCAUUUUGGCUGAAGCCUUCUGAACCUACAGAAGUAUUUUAUCUUGUCUUGUUUUCUGGCCAGUAGAUUACAGGGUCCCUUAUGCCGUGUACAGGUUCAUAUAGGUUUAAAGGUUUAACUGAUGCUUCUGUAUAUCUUGUCUUCCUUUCGUUUGAAAAUAAAUUUUAAUUAUAAAGGUAUUAUAGGUUGCUAUUUUUUUAAGUGCAGAAUAUCAGUUUAUGAUUAUAUGCUACAAGAAUGGGAAUAUGAAAGUGUACGGUUUCUGUAAAACUUAAUUAAUUAAUUUUUAAUUGAAUGUGGAAAUGUAUGAGCUGACAGUUUUCUUUUUAUCUGUAAAUAGUCACUUCUGGAUCUAAUUAAACAUCCUUUAAUUCCUUUAACCUCC